AAAGGCUUCCUUGUAUUCUUGUAUACCUGCGCAACGGAAAAUAUUUUCGGAAAAUUCGGAUGCGUUUCGCGGACUAAACGAAACGACGAGCGAUGAGAGAGAGAAAGAUAUUGGAAAACUGCAUUCCUACACACGAGGCACAUGGCACAGUAAGGUUUCUUGCACUUGUAGUAAUCGGUGAUGUUUAUCAGUUUUAAUCUCAUCAGAUUAAGUUACGAAAAAAGAAUUGUGCAGUUACUGUUAUUAUCGUUUUAUCUCGAAGGCUGAACAUAGUUUUCUUAUUGAUAUGUCGUAUAUCCACACCUUGAAGAAACGUUGGAGUUGUGCUUUAUACAUGUCUUUAAAUUAAUAAUACAUUAAUUUGUACAGCCAGGAUGUUGUGAGUUACAUACAUUGUGAGUUGUAUGUAGGACUGCAACUUGAGUAUAUUUUUAAAUAAUAUUUAAAUAAUUCUCUCUUGAGCUUAUAUAGCUCCAUCAGACUCUCGUGAAUAAUUAUGCCUCGUGCAAAGAGAACCAGAGCAAAAAGCAACGCGUUGCCAAGCGAAAAAAAACUCAAACGAUCAAAUUCAAAUGUCGUAGAUUAUAUGAGCCAAAUACAAACGACUUUGGGAAUUAAACAAGAUCCAGAUGAAAAUGGAAAAAAGAAACGUACAUCUGUACGGCCCGCACCUGUUUCUGAUACAGAAGCGAAAGAAGAUACAACUGAGCAGCCCUCUCUAGUACCUGCUCAUUCUUCUAAUACAGGAGAAAAUGGAAAUGCAGUUGAGCACACGUCUGCAACAUCCACAUCUAUCUCCGAUAGAUUGUUAUCGAUUGAACAGGAGCUUUGUACCAAAUUGCGACAGGUUUCUUUUCCGUCGUCCAUCGAAUAUAUUUACAAUCCGCUUGAGUAUGCAUUUGAAACGCAUGCCAUGUAUGUACGCAAGUACUGUACUGGUAUAAAGAAGAUUUUGUUCGUUGGUAUGAAUCCUGGACCAUGGGGCAUGUCGCAAACCGGGGUGCCAUUCGGAGAAAUAAGUAUGGUGAGGGAUUGGCUCGAAAUCUCUGGUCCCAUUGGCAAACCCUCGAAGGAACAUCCCGAUCGAAAGGUGAUAGGAUUCCAAUGUACACGCAGCGAGAUCAGCGGACUAAGGUUGUGGGGCCUCUUCCGAGACUUGUGUGAAAGUCCCGAAAACUUUUUCCGAUAUGCAUACAUGCACAAUUACUGCCCAUUCGCAUUCAUGGAUGGCAGAGCUAGGAACAUCACCCCUGCGGAAAUAAAGGGCGAAGGACAAAGGAUUUUACAUGAGCUAUGCGACAACGCCCUGCGAGAUAUAAUACAACUCCUGAAAGCAGAGAUCGUUGUUGGCAUUGGCAACUACGCUGAAAAAAGAGCACAGCGUGCGGUCCAGACUGGAGGUCUUUCAGUACAGGUAAUGGUUCUGCGACACCCCAGUCCAAGAGCUGUAGGCAAUCAAAAUUGGAAUGAAAUGGCUAUGCAACGACUAAACGAAUUAAAAUUACUUAAAUACUUUGAAAAAGCAAGUACUACUGUUUAAACUUUCUCUUGCGUAAGGUACAAUUAUUUUUCAAGAUAUAAACUUCAGACGAUAGA